UGGCCCCGAGUAGUCGAUGAAAAAUGUACGCGUCGAUAAGAAUCGGCGGAGAGGACCGUAAUUACGAGAGCGAGCGAUUUUUACGUGCGCGUGACAUCUAAUUAAAGUGAUUGGCAAGUUUAACCGCUACGCCCGGAACCUUUAUACACCGGCCCGUGUAUAAUUUCACGAAUCCCCUGCAUUUAUAAACAUCAAGGAAACCAUGGAAUCGUGUAUGAGCAGAACUUGUUCGUCGGUGAUCGCACAGCAAUCGUCACCAGCCUCCAUAUUUACUUUCUUGAUUCAAACGUUAAUAGCGUCCCGUUGUAAACUGAACAACCCGGAUGAAUAUCCCAGAGAUCGCGUAAAUGACGUUUUAAGAUCGAACAAGGAAUUCGAUUUUGUGAUCAUCGGUGGUGGAACCGCGGGAUCUAUUUUGGCUCGCAGAUUAACGGAAGUGAAGAAUUGGAACGUUCUGUUAAUCGAACGAGGAGGAUACCCUUUACCCGAAACUGCAGUGCCUGCUUUAUUCACCAGCAAUUUGGGCUUCCCACAGGAUUAUGCUUACAAGAUCGAAUAUCAAAAGGAAGCCUGUUUGAGCCAAGUCGACAAACGAUGCAGAUGGUCGAAGGGUAAAGCCCUUGGUGGAAGUUCCGUCAUCAACGCUAUGCUGCACAUAUUUGGCAACAAAAGGGACUACGACACUUGGGAAAAUAUAGGAAAUCCCGGAUGGAAUUACGAACAAGUACUCCCGUACUUUAGAAAAUCGUUGAGCUGUGCACCCGAAUUCAUAGCCAAAUACGGGACCGAUUAUUGCGGGACAGACGGUCCUAUGAGAAUCAGACACUACAAUUACACUGCGACAGACGCAGAGGACAUAAUCUUGGAAGCCGCGCACGAGGCGGGAUACGAUGUUCUCGAGCCAUUGAACGGUGAUCGGUUUAUCGGGUUUGGAAGAGCGAUGGGCACCCUGGACAACGGGCAACGGGAAAAUUGUGCGAAAGCUUUCCUCUCCCCCGUCAAAGACAGGAAGAACUUGUACGUGAUGACGUCGAGCAGAGUGGACAAGAUUCUGUUCGAGAGGAAACGGGCGGUCGGUGUACGAAUCACUUUGGACAACAAUCAAUCGGUGCAAGUGAGAGCGACGAAGGAAGUGAUUCUGUCGGCGGGGAGUAUAGCCAGUCCUCAGGUAUUGAUGCUCUCGGGAAUAGGGCCGAAGAACCAUUUGAAAAAAAUGGGAAUACCCACUCUCGUCGAUCUGCCUGUCGGGAAGAAUCUUCAAGAUCACGCGAUAUGGUUAGGAAUAUACUUGGCCUACAAUAAUGAAUCGGUGACGUCCCCUCCUAGCGAGAAGAGUCAGUUAGAUGAUAUUUAUGAUUAUUUGGAAUUCAAUGCCGGCCCGUUACGCGUUCUUCCACUCGAUCUGAACGGUUUCGUGGACGUGAACGAUCCCCACUCGAAAUAUCCGAAUGUUCAAUUUAUGUUCGUACCUUAUCAACGUUACACCAACAAUUUGUUAUCUUUAUUACAAGGAUACAAUAUGAAUGAUGACAUUAUUCAAGAAAUGCAACAAGCUGUAAAAAAGAUGAGCUUGAUCUCUAUUUGUCCCGUAUUGAUAAGACCUUUGAGCCGAGGUUUUGUCGAGUUGCGUAACACCAAUCCGGCCGAUCCUGUCAAGAUCUACGCGAAUUAUUUCGCCGAGAAGGAAGAUUUCAAUAAUUUGUUGAAAUCCGUGAAUAUCGUUAAGGCUUUCUUGAACACCGACAUUCUGAAGAAGUACAACAUGACGUUAUAUUAUCCCAACAUUUCCGGAUGUCAACACACGGAGCCAGGUACCGAUGAAUAUUGGGAAUGCAACCUGGAACACUUGUCCACCACGUUGUUUCAUCCGUGUGGGACGGCCAUGAUGGGACCGGCUAACGAUUCCAGAGCCGUUGUGGAUUCGAGGUUGAAAGUGCACGGUGUCCAAAAUUUGCGAGUGAUCGAUGCGUCGAUCAUGCCGGAAGUGACGAGCGGGAAUACCAAUGCGCCGACUAUGAUGAUCGCGGAGAAGGGAGCGGAUAUAAUUAAACAGGAUUGGGGCGUAAAGAUACAGAUAUGAGAAACUGAGAUGAUUUCGAAAUAUUAUAUAAAUAAACAACUUUAUUUUAUGCAUUGCUUUUAUCAGCUCGAGUUACGAUAAUAUUCUAUAAUAUUCUUAUAUUAAUGUUUGUAAGCAACUUUUAAUUGAAAAAUUCAAAUCAUUUCACGAACAUUGUAUAUCAUAUCAUUUCGAUCGAUUUUUCCUAAUUUCUAUGAUUAAAACAAAAAAUCACUUCGAGGUUCGACUUGAAUCUAUCGGGAUGACAAUUCACGGAAGGUAAGUUUCUUCAAAAUGAAUUCAAAAACCUGGAAAAAAUUUUGACCAAGAUAUAUGAGCAAUAAGAAUUAAUAUUUUAAAUGAUAUAAAUAAAUAAAUAAAUAAAUAUAAA